AGCUCGCGCCUGGGUGACCCAUCAUUCAAGCAUCCAACUCCUUCUUUAAGUCGCUCAUGUCGAAUCAACGGAUCGUCGUGGUCACUGGAGCAUCUGGAAAUAUCGGUUCUCACAUCGUAUUGAAGCUUCUUGCGUCAGGAUACAACGUCCGCCUUCUUGCCCGUGGCCUCAAGGCCGAGAAGCUUCGAAACACGAUCGCAAAGGACAACGCCCAUGCCACGGUAGUCGAGAUCACCGACAUCGCAACCGACGACUUUGCGGUAGCAUUCAAAGACGCCUACGCAAUCAUUCAUACCGCGUCGCCUCUUGCUGGUCAAGCCGACGCAAAUUCGUCUCUAGCAAGCGCUCUUGAGGGCUCGCUGAACGUCUUACGACAGGCUGUCAAAUACAAGGUCAAAAAGUUCGUCAUGACGGCCACGUGGGCUAGCACCUUGGAGCGCAAUGAAGAGGUCAUCAAUAGCACGCACGACCCGUUCUGGGUAUACUGUGCGACGAAGCUCUUGUCCGAGAAGGCCAGUUGGAAAUUUGCUGCGGAGCACCCGGAGCUUGACGUUGCGUCUAGUUGA